UGCCAAUUGCGUUCUUACUCUUCUUUUACGUGUUCCAAGUCCUCAAUUUUGCUCCGAAUUCCUUAUUAAGGACAGCAAGUUAUAUUGCUUAGAAUAUCUUUGCGUCGUAGAAUUAUACUUUUACCCCGGCAAAUAUUCCGUAUAUGUUUUUUAUUGUGCGAUUUUUUUUUUUUGAGUAAGACGUAGAAUUACCGAGAAUUGUGCUUGGGAAAAGUGACAAUUCCUUUUGUUUUGAUUGAGCUUUCGCGUUUCGAACGAAUCAGCUGUUGCGAGCUGUUUCGAGCUGUUUCGAGAACUCUAACAGAUAGAGCAUAAUGUUAUAAGUGUUUUUAUACAAUCUGAGCCGAAUUUUUCAAAGAUAAUGAGCUCAUCUGAGAAAGGAGACGACAACCUACUUAAGGAUGAGUGGGUGGUGAAGCUGGAGGAGAGCGCCUAUAUGCAAAAACUGUCAAUGAAUAACCUAAUCAUGAAUUAUCUGGUGACAGGUUUCAAGGAAGCUGCUGAGAAGUUCCAACAGGAAUCGGGAGUGGGUCCAACGGUAGAACUGAGCUCUUUGGAUGAGAGAAUUCGUAUUCGAGACGCCAUACAAAAUGGUCGUAUUCAAGAAGCCACGAAUUUGGUGAACCAACUGCAUCCUGAAUUGUUGGAUAAUGAUAGAUAUCUCUACUUUCAUCUGCAACAAUUACACCUGAUAGAAUUGAUACGCACUGGUAGAGUCGAGGAAGCAUUGCAGUUUGCGCAGGAUCAACUUAGCGAAGCUGGAGAGUCAGACGAUAAUAUAUUGUGCGAGUUAGAACGUACCUUGGCAUUGUUGGCUUUUGAUGAACCGCAUAAGAGUCCUUUCAGCGAUCUUUUACAUCCAACACAUAGACAAAAAAUUGCAAGCGAGUUGAAUGCUGCUAUAUUGAAGAUGGAGCAUAGAGAAUCAACUAGCCCUCGGCUCAGUAAUUUGUUAAAAAUGAUACUGUGGGCUCAAGAUGAAUUAGAUAAGAAAAAAGUAAAAUACUCUAAGAUGACUGAUUUAGGUAGUGCUACAAUUGAGCAAAAGUAAUGUAGUAGUAGAGACUGGGAUAACUUCUCAGUUUUAUUUAUAAAUAAGAUAAACAUAUGAAAUUGACUUUAAAAUUAAUUAAUUGAUUAAUUUUGUGUAAAUGGCUGUUUAUAUUUUGUAGAAAAUUAUAUCUAAAUUUUAAUCUUAAAACAAUUUAAAACCAUUUAGAGGGGAUAGAAUUAUUAAUGUAUUAAUUAUAAAAUAUAAAAAUAUAAAAUAUAUAAAAAUAUAAUAGUUAUUAUAAUUGCUGUAACAAAUAAGAGUUAUUAUUGUAAUUCUUUCUCAUUUAUUUUUUGUAAUUUAAUAUUAAUAUAGUAUAAAAAGAACUGG